UCAUGUAACUAUCAGCAACAGGUCAUUAGCAUCAGGGCCAGUUCUGAGCCAGGAUUAAUCUUAUCCAGGUACUGAAGCUGGGCAUCAACAGGUCCAUCCUGAAACACACCUCAUCUCUUCCAUCCACCUCCUUCCUCCUGUAUGCUCAUCCAGCAUGCUGCCUCUCAGGAUGUUGGUCUUCCUCACGCUCAUGUUUUCCCUGUGUGAUGCAGACAGUUUAUGCCCCACUGAUCUCUACCCUCUCACCCUGGAUCCCCCUGAGGUUAUAAAAGAAUAUAAAGAGUCAGUGUUGGUAAACUGCACCAGCACAGAGGAGGAUCAUGAGGGGAUGUACUGGACUGUUGGAAACAAAGACUCUCCAACGGAAUAUGACAAUAGUUAUAUCCAAGCAACACUCUCAAACUGGGAUGUAACGGCAGAGUGCAAAAUAAAGCUAAAUGGCACUCAUGAAUGCAGCAAAGACCUUAAAAUCACUGUAUACAAGAAUCCAGAAAUGGUCAGCGUUUUUCCUACAAGGCAUGUACCGAUUGUGGAAGGGACACCGUUUGAACUGCAGUGUGAUAUCAUCAAUGUUGCUCCUAUUCAAAACCUCACUGUGAGGUGGUACAAACACAAUCAAGUCAUCAUGAACGACUCUUUCACCAACACGACCAAAACACCAGUAAAUGAGUCUUCUACGCUUGCAAUCAACAUCAGCAGAGACGAUAACGGAGCUGAGUUUAGAUGUGAGGCUCAGCUGGACUUUGGGCUGCAUGGAUCACAACCUGUUACUUCUGAGACAUACACUGUUACUGUGCUCUAUGCUCCUGAGCUCAAGAACAAAACGGAAGAUGUCUAUAUGAAUGAGUAUAAUGAUAUCACCCUGAACUGUGACGCUGAAGGGCACCCUCCUCCCCACUUUCAUUGGACAUGUGAUGGGUUAAAUAUCUCGGAGAACACAAAUAAUCUCAACAUCCGUCAAGUAAUCACCAGCACAACCUGCAACUGCACAGCUACCAACCAUCUGGGAAGCAUAAAUAAGCUAAUCCAUGUUCACGUAAUACCUAGAGGUUGCCCCUUAGUAGUGACGCCUGCUGAAAUGGUGGUGAGAUUUGGAGAUCCAGCUUCAGUUAACUGCAGCACAGAUGCAGAUGUUCAACAAAUGGGCUGGAAGACACCAGUUGGAGCCAUAUCAACUACAGGUCCUGCUGUCAUCUGGAAAGUUGAAAAACUGGAAGACUGGCAGAUAACCCCUUUGUGUUACAUUAAUCUGAAAGAUAAUUACCAGUGUUCUAAGGAGCUAACCAUCACUCUUUAUAAGACUCCAGACGUUGUGUCAGUCUCUGCGUUGGAUGAUGGGCCGAUGGUGGAGGGCAUAGAAUACCACUUGAAAUGUGACAUCAUCAAUGUGGCUCCUGUGCAGAAGCUCAAAGUGACGUGGUACCGCAACAAUGAAACUGUGCACACAGAAAUGUUUAAUGGGACCAGUAAGGUCCCAGUAAAUGUGUCCUCUACCUUAAGAGUCACUCCGGUGGGAGAUUACAACGGAGCACAUUUCAUAUGCAAAGCUGAUCUACAGCUUGGACCAAAUGGACCAGAGACCGACGCUGCUGUAACCUCAUCUCCUUACAUGGCUGUUCUGCAAUAUGCAGACAGUUUAUGCCCCACUGAUCGCAACCCUCUCACCCUGGAUCCCCCUGAGGUUAUAAAAGAAUAUGAAGAGUCAGUGUUGGUAAACUGCACCAGCACAGAGGAUGAUCAUGACGGGAUGUACUGGACUGUUGGAAACAAAGACUCUCCAACGGAAUAUGACAAUAGUUAUAUCCAAGCAACACUCUCAAACUGGGAUGUAACGGCAGAGUGCAAAAUAAAGCUUAAUGACACUCAUGAAUGCAGCAAACACCUUAAAAUCACUGUAUACAAGAAUCCAGAAAUGGUCAGCGUUUUUCCUACAAGGUAUGUACCUAUAGUGGAAGGGACACCGUUUGAACUGCAGUGUGAUAUCAUCAAUGUUGCUCCUAUUCAAAACCUCACUGUGAGGUGGUACAAAAACAAUCAAGCCAUCAUGAACGACUCUUUCACCAACACGACCAAAACACCAGUAAGUGAGUCUUCUACGCUUGCAAUCAACAUCAGCAGAGACGAUAACGGAGCUGAGUUUAGAUGUGAGGCUCAGCUGGACUUUGGGCCGCAUGGAUCACAACCUGUUACUUCUGAGACAUACACUGUUACUGUGCUCUAUGCUCCUGAGCUCAAGAACAAAACGGAAGAUGUCUAUAUGAAUGAGUAUAAUGAUAUCACCCUGAACUGUGACGCUGAGGGGCACCCUCCUCCCCACUUUCAUUGGACAUGUGAUGGGUUAAAUAUCUUGGAGAACACAAAUAAUCUCAACAUCCGUCAAGUAAUCACCAGCACAACCUGCAACUGCACAGCUACCAAUAAUCUGGGAAGCAUAAAUAAGCAAAUCCAUGUUCAUGUGAUACCUAGAGGUUGCCCCUUAGUAGUGACGCCUGCUGAAAUGGUGGUGAGAUUUGGAGAUCCAGCUUCAGUUAACUGCAGCACAGAUGCGGAUGUUCAACAAAUGGGCUGGGAGACACCAGUUGGAGCCACAUCAACUACAGGUCCUGCUGUCAUCUGGAAAGUUGAAAAACUGGAAGACUGGCAGAUAACCCCUUUGUGUUACAUUAAUCUGAAAGAUAAUUACCAGUGUUUUAAGGAGCUAACCAUCACUCUUUAUAAGACUCCAGACGUUGUGUCAGUCUCUGCGUUGGAUGAUGGGCCGAUGGUGGAGGGCAUAGAGUACCACUUGAAAUGUGACAUCAUCAAUGUGGCUCCUGUGCAGAAGCUCAAAGUGACGUGGUACCGCGACAAUGAAACUGUGCACACAGAAGUGUUUAACGGGACCAGUACGGUCCCAGUAAAUGUGUCCUCUACCUUAAGAGUCACUCCGGUGGGAGAUUACAACGGAGCACAUUUCAUAUGCAAGGCUGAUCUACAGCUUGGACCAAAUGGACCAGAGACCGACCCUGCUGUAACCUCAUCUCCUUACAUGGCUGUUGUGCACUAUAAACCAGUGUUCAAAGCUUGUCCAGGCAGUUACGCUGGUUUGGAGCAUGAGUUCAGUAUGGACAAGUUGUCCUGUCUAGCUGAUGGCAACCCUCCACCCAUUCUUAAGUGGAAGUUUGAGGGAGAUCUGAUCAAUGCAUCUGAGCACCUCACCAGGGCUCAAUCAGGGACAUACACAGCUGAAAUUGCAAAUGACCUUGGCACGAGCACCACCCCUGUCGUUAUCACAAUCGAAUAUGGCGCUUCAUUUACUUGUGAAGAUCGCUACAAGGUUAAAGAGAAUGAGAAUGGUAAGCUCCCGUGUGAACCAGAGGGAAUACCUAAGCCUACCAUCACCUGGAGUAAAGACGGAAAAGAGAUUGUUUCCCCACAGCGCUGGACAAAGCACGAUAGUGGAAAUUAUUCACUUAUCGCAACCAACAAACAUGGGACAGCCAAUCACGUUCUACAUCUUGACGUUUUGUAUGCCCCUUUGAUCAAGAAGGGAACUAACAACAUGGAGGUGAACCUGGGUGAAAAUGUGACUAUUGACUGCAGUGCUGAGGGCAACCCUGUCCCUGAAAUCCAUUGGAAAUACAGCCCUGCACUGAAUGUGAAAAACACCACCUGGGGGCGCCAGAAGAGAAUCAGCAUUACAGGAGCCACGUCAACCAAUGCUGCUGUUUACAGCUGUGUUGCCAUCAAUGAAGUUGGGAACGUGACAAGAUCUGUCACGCUGACGAUUAAAGGUAAAACCAGUGAAGCAUCGUCAAUAGCCAUUUGGUUGUUGCUAAUUAUAUUGAUCGCCGCUCUCAUCCCCAUCAUCCUGAUCAUCCUGAUCAUUGUCCACAACCGCUGCAAAAAACAUGGACAAUAUAGUUUUGUCCCUGACAAAGCCAAUGAUGGUUCAGAACUCCCAAUGACUCCUCUGUCUAACGGCGUGCAAACUUAGGGUACAUAUAACUUGCUGUAUGGGUAAGAUUAAUAUGUAAUUUGUUUUUUUGCAUGACAAGAAUGACCUGUAAAUAUUGUAUUUACAUUUUUACUUUGGUAUGGUACGAUUCUACUACAAUGAAUAAUAAUGACAAGAAGUGCUACUGACAAAGAAGGUGUAUUAUGACAUAUUUUUUUCUUUGUGGGGCAUUACAUUCUAACCUAUGUUUUUUUUAAUUCUUAAUAAAGUUACACAAUAGCCUA